CAGCUCAUCACUAAACUAAACAAUUAAUUAAGGAUUAAAAUUCAAACGACAGCUGCCUGCAAUGAAUGUACCCGAACGCAGCCGUUUCGUGAUCUACGCCGUGGGAAUCUUCGUCUGCUACUUCCUUUAUGGCAUUGUUCAAGAGAAAUUGACGCGGGGACGGUACGGCGAACAAGUACAGGCAGAUGGAUCCGUGGGCGAGCGCUUCACCUUUGCGCUGGCUCUGGUCUGGGUGCAGUGCGUCUGCAAUUACAUUUUUGCUAAGGUGCUGCUGACGGUGAAGCCGCAAAAGGAGGAUACCACCCACACCGGUUCCUAUGCGGCCUGCUCGCUCACCUAUCUGCUGGCUAUGGUCUCCACCACAAUGGCCAUGCGCUGGGUUCCCUAUCCCACGGCUGUUGUGGGCAAGUCGGCCAAGCCGAUACCCGUCAUGAUUCUGGGUGUGCUUAUCGGACGCAAAUCGUACAGCUGGACGCGAUACGCGUGUGUACUGAGCAUCGUGCUGGGCGUCAUUCUGUUCAUGUACAAGGAGGGAAAGGUCGCCAAUUUGCCCGCCGAGACGACUCUUCUCGGCGAGGUCCUGCUCUUCCUCAGCUUGUCCAUGGAUGGACUGACGGGCGCCGUGCAGGAGCGCAUUCGGGCGGCCAGCUCGCCCUCUGGCCAGCAAAUGAUGAAGUCUAUGAACUUCUGGAGCACUCUGAUGCUCGGUUUCGCCAUGCUUCUGACUGGUGAGGUCAAGGAGUCUUUGCAUUUUGCGAUCCGUCAUCCGGAGGUCUGGACGCAUCUCUCGCUGCUUUCGCUGUGUGGAGCCCUCGGCCAGUUCUUCAUCUUCCUGACGGUGGCCAAUUUCGGACCCCUGGCCUGCUCCGUGGUCACCACGACGCGAAAAUUCUUCACCGUCCUGUGCUCCGUGCUGCUCUUCGGCAACGUCCUCAUUGCCCGCCAGUGGCUGGGCGCUGUCCUCGUUUUUGCAGCUCUUUUCGUGGAUAUGCUGUAUGGCAAGAAGCAGUCGCCGGCAGCGCCGGUGUCGUCCAAGAAGCACCCCAGCGAUGGCGGCAAGCUGUCCGAGGAGAAGAAGGACCUGAUUUCAUAGAAUUUAUUAGACGGCUGUGUAGCCUAGUGUAUAUAGAAUCAUCGCGUCUGGCUUUAGCCCUUCCCCGGAACUGCAAAUCGUACAAAAUGUUGGUUUUUGUAUAGCCGCGGUAUAGCGAACAAUGCAUUCGAUUCUUGAUCUGCAACCUACAAAAAUGUUGGACAUUAUUUAAGUAAACUAAACUAUUGGUAUCAAUUAGAAAAGAACAACAAAUAUCUAUUAGAUCACUCGAUCAAAGCCCCAAACAAUAAUUAAAAAACUAUGCUACUUUUAUUAGUUAA